AUGACAACAACGGGAAUUCCUUACGCUUUUCUUGAAUUCUUUAGCCUAACAUUCGAACAUAUGCCACCCGCCAAUGGUGAGCUCUGUUGCUACGGUGUACAGCAUACCAUGAAGAUGACGGAUCUCACUCCAGCAGUUCUUGCGAAAUUGCAAACAAUACAGUGUAGUCAACUUGAGCCGCAGUCGCUUCGUGCACUGGACCGGAAGGAUGAAUCUACCGGAAGUGUGAUAGAAGAUAUCUGUCGCCUUCCAUAG